CGCCGCCUUCUUCUUAGAACGAUAACUAAGCUUAUAAAAGGCAAAGCAAGCAUGGGUUCUCCAUGAGCUCUCUCUCUCUCUCUCUCUCUCUCUCUCUCGUGCUCGCUCGCUGGGGUUCUCUUCUUGGUGAUCGAUGGAGAGGAAGGGAGACGUUGGAUCGAGAUCGGAAGAGGUAGUAAUGGCGGAGGAGGGGAAGAUCAAGAUCGGGGUAUGCGUCAUGGAAAAGAAGGUGAAAUGCGGACCAGAGGUUUUCUCGGCUCCCAUGGGCCAGAUUCUUGAGAGGCUGCAGGCGUUUGGAGAGUUUGAGGUUAUAUAUUUCGGAGACAAGGUUAUUCUCGAGGAACCAAUAGCAAACUGGCCGAUAUGUGAUUGCCUGAUUGCCUUCUAUUCAACGGGAUACCCACUCGAGAAGGCUGAGGAAUAUGCUGCUCUAAGAAAGCCAUUCUUGGUGAAUGAGUUGGAACCGCAACAUCUUCUCCAUGAUCGAAGGAAGGUUUAUGAGCGUCUUGAUAUGUUUGGAGUUCCUGUGCCAAAUUAUGCUCUUGUAAAUAGAGAAUACCCUUAUCAAGAACUGGAAUACUUUGUUGAGCAAGAAGAUUUUGUUGAGGUUCAUGGGAAGCGCUUUUGGAAACCGUUUGUGGAGAAACCUAUUGAUGGAGAUGAUCACAGUAUAAUGAUAUACUAUCCUAGUUCUGCUGGUGGAGGCAUGAAAGAAUUGUUUCGGAAGGUAGGAAAUAGGUCAAGUGAGUUCCAUCCAGAGGUUCGAAGAGUGAGACGUGAAGGCUCUUAUAUUUAUGAGGAGUUCAUGCCUACGGGGGGAACAGAUGUCAAGGUUUAUACUGUUGGUCCAGAAUAUGCACAUGCUGAAGCACGAAAGUCACCAGUUGUUGAUGGUGUUGUCAUGAGGAAUACUAAUGGGAAAGAAGUCAGGUAUCCUGUCUUGUUAACUCCCACUGAAAAACAAAUUGCAAGGGAUGUCUGUAUUGCAUUUCAGCAGCUGGUGUGUGGUUUUGACCUUUUACGAUGUGAAGGAAGGUCUUAUGUAUGCGAUGUGAAUGGGUGGAGUUUCGUAAAGAAUUCACACAAGUACUAUGAUGAUGCAGCUUGUGUAUUGAGGAAGAUGUUUCUUGAUGCUAAAGCCCCCCAUCUUUCAUCUAGCAUCCCUCCAAAUCUUCCAUGGAAAGUUAAUGAACCAGUCCAACCUACAGAGGGGCUAACACGACAGGGAAGUGGGAUUAUUGGCACGUUUGGGCAGUCAGAGGAGUUGCGCUGUGUUAUUGCAAUCAUUCGUCAUGGCGAUCGGACACCGAAGCAAAAGGUGAAGUUGAAAGUGACAGAAGAGAAACUGUUGAAUUUAAUGCUGAAAUACAAUGGUGGGGCAAGAGCUGAGACAAAGCUAAAAAGUGCUGUUCAGCUGCAAGACCUACUAGAUGCUACACGAAUACUUGUCCCUCGCUCUAGGUCUGGUCGUGAAAGUGAUAGUGAUGCAGAAGAACUAGAGCAUGCUGAGAAGCUUCGUCAAGUGAAAGCUGUGCUUGAGGAGGGUGGGCAUUUUUCAGGUAUAUACAGGAAGGUGCAACUGAAGCCACUUAAAUGGGUUAAAGUUUCAAAAAGUAAUGGUGAUGGCGAGGAAGAACGCCCAGUUGAGGCUUUGAUGGUUCUCAAAUAUGGAGGUGUUCUUACCCAUGCUGGAAGAAAGCAGGCAGAAGAGUUAGGAAGAUAUUUCAGGAACAAUAUGUAUCCAGGUGAAGGCACUGGCUUGCUUCGUCUUCAUAGUACUUACCGGCAUGACUUAAAGAUAUACAGUUCAGAUGAAGGGCGUGUUCAGAUGUCUGCUGCAGCUUUUGCCAAAGGCCUCCUUGAUUUGGAGGGACAAUUAACUCCAAUCCUGGUUUCCCUUGUCAGUAAAGACUCUUCUAUGUUGGAUGGACUUGAGAAUGCUAGUAUUGAAAUGGAAGAAGCAAAGGCUAGGUUGCAUGAAAUUAUAACUUCUGAGGGCAAGGUAUUGCAUAGCAAUGGAUCUGAGCAAUUCCCAUGGAUGGUUGAUGGUGCUGGCCUUCCCCCAAAUGCUUCUGAGUUUCUUCCUAAACUGGUCAAUCUGACAAAGAAGAUAACCGCACAAGUAAAACUACUUGCUGCUGAUGAAGAUGAGAAACUUGCAAUGAAAAGCUCUUAUGCUGUGUUGCCUCCCUAUGAUCAAGCAAAAGCUUUAGGGAAAACAACAAUUGACAUAGCUCGUAUUGCUGCAGGGUUACCUUGUGGUAGUGAGGGCUUUCUUUUAAUGUUUGCUCGCUGGAAGAAACUAGAGAGGGACCUGUAUAAUGAACGUAAAGGCCGGUUCGAUAUAACACAAAUUCCGGAUGUUUAUGAUUCUUGCAAGUAUGACCUUCUACACAAUGCUCAUCUAAACCUUGAAGGUCUGGAUGAGCUUUUCAAAGUUGCCCAGUUGCUUGCAGAUGGUGUUAUUCCCAACGAGUAUGGAAUUAAUCCAGAGCAAAAACUUAAAAUUGGAUCAAAGAUUGCGCGACGUUUGUUGGGGAAGAUUUUGAUUGAUUUGCGCAACACUAGGGAGGAAGCAAUUAGUGUUGCUGAGCUGAAGGCCAAUCAAGAUAAAAGUUCAAUGCCCUCAAAUCCAAGGAAGGAGGAGACAGAUCACCAACCAAGGCCUCUGAAUAAGAUUGAAGAUACCAGGAGAUCUAGUUUUACUAGUGAAAAGUCAAUAGAUCAAGAUGACGAUGAUGAUAAGGAAAUAAAAUACCGAUUAGAUCCAAAGUAUGCAAAUGUAAAAACACCAGAGCGGCAUGUUCGGACAAGGCUUUACUUUACAUCAGAAUCUCAUAUCCACUCUUUGAUGAAUGUGCUUCGCUAUUGUAAUAUGGAUGAAUCCCUUCAGGGAGAGGAGAGCCUUGUCUGUAAUAGUGCUUUGGAAAGGUUAUUCAAAACAAGAGAACUUGACUACAUGAGUUAUAUUGUCCUCAGAAUGUUUGAAAAUACAGAGGUGCCUCUAGAAGAUCCAAAGAGGUUCCGCAUAGAGAUGACAUUUAGCCGCGGUGCAGAUUUAAGUCCUCUUGAGAAUAAUGACAGUGAAGCUACUUUGCUGCAUCAAGAGCACACAUUACCCAUAAUGGGACCAGAGAGGUUGCAAGAAGUGGGAUCAUAUCUCACUUUGGAGAAGAUGGAAAAGAUGAUUCGUGCUUUUGCCAUGCCAGCUGAGGAUUUCCCACCACCGUCUAUCCCACAAGGCUUCUCCGGCUACUUCUCAAAAAGUGCUGGAGUUCUUGAGCGUUUGGUUAAUCUCUGGCGUUUUCAUAAGAACGGCACUGGCAAUGGCAAAUGAUUUAAAAUUAUAAUAAAUAAAUCUUCAGAUGCUUCCACAAAUUUGAGGUUUGAUUUUUGUGGAAGACUUAUUUCUUCUCGGGCAGCUGGGUUAAGGUUGGGCAUAUUAAUUCCUCAUGAAUCUUUCUGCUCAAGUGUGACUUUCAUGAGGAUUUAUUUAAUUAGAGCUCCAUUAAGAACCCACCCUUUUAACAUUUGACAUUUAGACAUUCUUGAAGUUUUGAUAUGAAGCAGCAAAGUGUACCGUACUUUUUCUCUUUU